AAUAACAAAAGUUUUUUCAUUGCCAGUGGAAUAUUUUUUCUCAUAAACAGGAUAAACGACCAAUAGAAAUGUAAAACUGUUUGUUAUAUCGCUAAAAAUUAAAUUAGUUUAUACAAAUAUGCGUCGAACAUGUAGGACUUUGCGUUUUAUGUGAACUGGACAAUGGCGUCGUAAUUGACUUUUGUUGUUCUCAGACAGAUUGUACCCAAAUCGUAAACAUCGAAAUAGAACUAGGUGAAUUGAUAAACGGAAAAAGCUGCAACGCAUAAAGCUGAUUCACUAAGACGAACAACAAAGCGUAAUUGAAACCGCAUCGUUAAAUUCGUUUGAAAUCAGCUGUGGAAGCUCGCGCUAAGUUUGCAUAUAUGGGUUACACUUGGUAGAGAGCAAUGGACCCACAAAAGAUCACCGAAUUGGCCAACUUGCUGCGCAAGAAUGGUGACAAAAUCCUCAGCUCUGAAUUUACCUUGACCUUAUCAGGUCCCCUUUUGCGCGCUUUAAAUGAUUCCUUCACGUUGAUCGCGGACAGUGAUAUUGUCGCUGGCGGUGGACUUGGCACCUUGCAAAAGGAACAGCAAGCCUUCCAAGUGGUGAAGCCCAUCAAUGCUAAAUCGAGCGUUUUUGCCGAUUUGCAGCUGCUUCAUGAUUUCGUGCAGAAGACAACACUGUUGAAGCUCAAUUAUUUUCCCAGCGAGCAUUACUUUGAGGGAGCCAUCGACAUAUGCAAAUUUCGAGCCUUGCGUCGUUUGGAGGUGCACAAGAUCAACAUAUGUCAGGUGGUCGGAAUUCAAGCAUUGCGCGCACAGCUGCAGCAAAUAAUUUGCAUCAAGAGCCUAAACAAUGUGGACGAUAUCAUUACGCAUUGCGGAGGCGAUAUGUCGAAUGGUUUUGUCUGGAACGAGCUGCAGUCGGCCGACUUUAGCUACAACAAUUUGCGCUCUGUGGACACAGCUCUGGAGUUUGCACAGCACUUGCAGCACUUAAAUUUGCGCCACAAUAAGCUUACCAGCGUGAGGGCCAUCAAAUGGUUGCCACAUCUUAAGACGCUCGAUGUGAGCUACAAUUGCCUGACUCAUUUACCCCAAUUCCAUGUGGAAGCAUGUAAGCGGCUGCAAAUGCUUAACAUAAGCAACAACUAUGUAGAGGAGCUGCUGGAUAUGACGAAGCUGGAUGCGCUAACCAAUAUGGAUCUGUCCGACAAUUGUUUGCUGGAGCACACACAGCUGUUGCCGCUGAGCGUUCUUAUGACGCUCACUGUACUCAAUUUGCAAGGCAAUCCUUUGGCCUGCCAUCCAAAGCAUCGUCUGGCCACAGCCCAGUAUUUGCAUAAGAAUACGGCGACAGUGAAAUUUGUGCUAGACUUUGAACCGCUCUCUAAAGCAGAAAAGGCAUUAGCCGGCAGCCAGCAAAUGCGAUUUGCGGGUUCUAUGAAUCACCGGCUAGUGAGUAGUCAUGUAUCCAUAAAUAGUUCACGGGCAUCUGUCAAUACGCCAGCCUCAAGCGUGGGCUCGCAACGCUCGUUCUCGCUCAAAGGCAAGGAUUCCUCAUCGGAAGCAGAGCAAACAACGGUUGAUAUGCAAAUCGGCAAGCGACGCCUUAAAACUAAAAAACCGCGUACGGUGGAAAUUGCUGAACAUGGAGAUGAAGUUGCAACAGAAGCCGUUACAACAACAGCAUCAGUCGAAGCAGCUGACCUGACACCAGAAAAGCCACAAGAGACAACCGAUGGCAGCCACUUGGAAACGAAAAAGCAAAUUGAGACGCUGCGUCUUAAAUAUGGCAACGAGUGGUUGCAGUCAGGUAACGCGGAGCAAAUGUUAGGACUAGAUACACCACAGCCUAGUGAAGAGGAUCGUCAUGUGGCACGCCAGCAGUUCAAUGAAUUUCUGGGCGAGUUUUCGCCUUCAGCACAAGAGUCAGAGCCUACGUUUAACUCCACUCCUGCGAACAGCAGUAAUUGGAGUGACACAUUUAGUACAACUUUGACACCCAUUAAGAAAGAAGCCAGCAACGACACGGACUCCAACAAAACACAGCAAACAAUUUACGAAUCGUGCAACAACAGCGUCCAGACGGAAUACGAGAGCAUGAACAGAACGAUGUCACAGGAACAACUCACAGAGCCUGAAGCUGAAAUGGAGCAAGAGAUCGAUAUUCACAAAGCAGUGCUAAAAUGCUAUUCAGAUGCGACUGCAGAGGAGGAAGAAGAACCAGUUUCUGAAGAAGAGCCCGACGAAAAGGUGUAUAUUGUCUACCAUGAAAACAAGGCCACCGACCCAUUGUUCCUCACAAUAUCCUCUAACUAUGUGCGCGAAAAGGAUGCGCUCACCGAACGCACCAAGACAAAGUGGAGCAUCAAAGUCCUCGAAUCAUGUGAGCGAAUCAAAUCGAAUACGUUGCGCAUCAAUUUUGAUACAAUGCAAAAGGAUAAACAGGAGCGUGUUUACUGUGUAGAGAAUGCACUGUGUCAGGAACUGGAAAAGAAACUGCGCGACAUUCUAUCGCAGCGUGAUCUCACUGAAAUGAAUAUAACCAUCUAUAGCUGCGUCAAUUGUGGCAUUAGGUUUACCAGAGAACGUAAAAACAAGAACUACAAGACAGCGGAGCUGCGUUGUCCGGAUUGUCGCAGUUUGUUUGUGGCCGAGGUGACUGAUGAAUGCGGCUCGCUGGACAAGCCCAAAGUCGCUACGGUCGAGCCGAAGCUAUCGCCGGCAUUAAUUGUAGAGGAAUCACCUGUCAACACGCCGCCGACUGUGCAGGCGAAAGAGGACGAUCAAAGUAUUGUGGCCAACAGCAGGCUCAUCGCUAAUAACACACCCAAGCGUAGGAGUUUGAUGCAAACCACAAAAAGCUCGGCCAAUUCACUAAAUGAGAGCAGCUCCUGCUCGAAGAUAACCAAUUCGCAGUGCUCCUUCGAUUCGAAUCAAUCCGUUGUGGGCAGCUCCAAUACGGACCGUGAUUUGGAGUUUCGUGCCAAUGAGAGCGACGUGGACAUUAUCUCCAAUCCGAGCCAAUCCAGCAUUGAGGUGUUGGAUCCCAGCUGUGCCCAGAGUGCCAGUCGCAAAACAUCUGAGGAGCGUCGCAUAUCCCAAAUGCCCAAUCUGCAAACCAUCGACGAUGAUUUAAGCCAAUCCCAGAAUUUUAUUGAACGCGAACAGACCAGAUUAAUUUUCGAGACAGACACAGCGGCUGCGACAACCACAAUGGACACAACAGCCAAAUCUAAAGCAUUGGCGCAUGUUCAGCUAACGGAGAGCAGUUCAUCGGGUUCGGUAACUGAUAGCAUUUGCACUACCUACGAGCAGCAGGCCAAACAACAGACACCGGACAAGGCGCAAAAGCAACCAACCGAGGACGUCAACAUUCUGCAGAACUUGUUGAUGGCUGAAUCUGGAGGAAGCUCAAGCCACAUACACAACAACAACAACAACAACUAUAAAGAGGUGGCAGCUGCAAAUGGUCAUCAUGAAAGCAAACAUAUAAAAACUGCAGAGGAUCCACUUUUAUCACACAUGUUUGGCGCACUUUUCCAAUCAACCACCAAGCUGAUGUCGAGCUCGAAAAAGUUAAUUGAAACGGAGGCUACUGCCAGCUCAAUGCAGCCAUAUAAAUUUAAUUAUAGCGAUUACAGUGACAUCGAUCAUCGCUUGAAGCUCUAUUUCUAUCAGAGCAAAUUCAAGGAGGUGGGCGAACACUUUAAGUGGCUGGCCAAGGGUCGGAUAUACAAUGAGCAAACACAAACGAUGCGCGACGGUAUAUUGGUUAUUUCCACCAGCAAGUGUUACCUAAUGGAAGCGUAUGCAGAUCCCCAGGAUGAUGUGGCCAAGUGGCUGCGCCAGGUGAUUUGUGUGACAACGAAUCGUAUGACACGCAUACGACUUUUACCCUGGAAACUGGGCCUGUCUUUCACACUACGGGACUGGGGUGGCUUUGUGCUAAUACUGCAGGAUACAAUGCGAACAGAUAAUUUGCUAUUUUACCUAGCAGAAAACCCGUUGCCCAAGGAGUGUGAAGUUAUCCAGCAUCCCUCGAAUGAAGUAAUUCAGCGUCUCAGUUCACUAGUGGCUGAACCAAUUAAGAUUUGUGCCAUAUUGAGCGGUUGCCAGUGGACUAGUGGUCAGGAGGAAGGCCACUUUGAACUUUGCACUCUGAUCACAACCGAUUCACAGUUGCAUAUUGCCGGCAAUGGCAAAUUCAACUGGAUGGCAUCCAAUGAGGAGAGGCAGCCGCCAAUCGAACUUUCGCUAACGCAGCAAAUGAGCAACUUGGUGGAGGUGGACCGCUUGACGGAUAUCGAAUAUAAUGUAAAUUUCCUGGAUGAAACCGAAAACAAAAGCGAAGUUUGGCAUUUGCAAUUUGAGACCUUGUCCAAUGCCGAGCUGUGUUUAAAUGCCAUUGGCAAAUCUUGGGAAGAGCUAUUUGGCGUACAAUUCAGCUAUUCUGGAACGUAGUAUUUCUCUAUUGAUGUGGGACUAACUAUUUUGAAUAUCAUAUCGAAACAGACAAUUUAUACAUAGCUAACAAUUUUUUUAUGC